AUGUCCAAAAAGGGCAGCGUCCACAGUGGAUUUAGUGGCGUCUUCAAGUCAUUUACCAAGUCGCUAAAACCAACAUCGGGAAAUGUCCAUGUUGUCUUCAAUGCACUGGUCGUUGGUGGAGGUAAAGACAUGCCGAAGCUACUACUUCAACUUCAAAGCGGAUCAUUGACAUCCAGAGCCUCUGCUGCGUCUGAAAUCACAGAAAAUAUAGAGAAGUACUCCAUCUCCUCGAUCCCAGAAGUGUGGUACCUUGCGAGAGACUUGUGCGACCAUAAAGCUCAAUCAUCAAUAAGAAGAGUGGCAGUGAAACUAAUGAUCCAAUGUAUCAAGCAUGCCGAGGUUGCCGUGAGCAACAAACUAAUGUUCUUCAACGAUAUAACAACGUAUUGUCAACUUCGAGAGUCCAGUGUCGAUGCCGAGUUCGAUUUGUUUCUCAAUGCAUUGCGAAAUCUUACCGAUGAUGGGAAGGAUAUUCACGAUUUGUACAUUUACGACUCGAGCAAAAACUGGCGCACAUUCAUUAUUCAGAGCUUCUCGUCUCUUUCGAAAACACAGCUCAACAGCUCCGAUGACUCUGCUCUGCGAAAUCUACUUACGUUGGUGCGCUACUUGAAGAACUGUUUCAAAUUCAACUCCAAUGUCAUUGACGAGGAGAUGGUAAGUUCUAUUAUCCGCAUCUCACUUCGUGUGUCCGAGUCCGUGCAGAAUACGGAUCUUUUAUCUGCCCUUCUUGAGUUGAUCAAGAUAAUACUGAUGUUUGGAUUUGUUCCACAAGACAUGUACUAUAAUGUUCUCAUUUCCUUAUGUCGUCUCAGUGCAUCUGCCGAAAACCUUAAUGAGCUUGCCUGGGAGUCAAUCAAAUCUAUGUAUUACAACUCUCCGACUACAGUCUUCAAUACCAUGUGCCAAAUACUCCAAAAUCCAGAAUUUCAGCAAUUUGAAUCAUGGGAUACUUUAUCAUCAACUAUCCAUGAUCCAUCACCCAAAAGCUCGGCUGCAUUACAAAAGUCACUUUUGGGCGCCCUAGAUAUGCUAGAACGCAUUCUCUUAGAGGCUGGUACGAGAUCUUUUGCCACGGACUACACGUCAGACUUAACCAUAACAUCGUUGAUAGAUUGCAUGAACCAAAAAGUGGGGGUUAUAAAUACUGGCAUACUUCGAAUGUUAGAUCAUCUUCUUGCAGACCAUGAAGUCUGUGACGCCCUUUUCCCAUUCCAGUCCUGGUAUUCAUCUUCGAGGUCAAUCUUUCUUCUACUAUCGAGUUUUCGAGUGCAACUGGAACAAGAAUCAGAGUAUUGGACAUCUCUAUGUUCUUCAAUAUUUCAGCAUUUUGACAGCGGUUCUCUUCUUGCACCUAAAAGCAAAAUCAUUGACUUGUUUAUGAGAUACCCUGAUCUACUUCCGAAAAAUAUCGCUGAGUAUUGCCUACAUUACUUCGAAGAGGAAAAACAUUGUACCAUACUUGAUCCCUUUUCUAAGGAGAAUUGUCGAAAGGUUCUUGACAGUUUCUAUUAUUCCCAUGGGAAACCAAGAAUACCAUCUGAACUUAGAAUAAAAGCUUUAUCAACGAUUGUCCACGGCUAUGAAUUUUCAUUGGCUAUGGCAGAUGAUUUUGCUAUGAAUAAGGACAUUAUAUUGGAUAUUUUACGAAGUUCUUUGGAUGAAGACGAUCCAGCGGUACUCAGUUUUGUGGUAGAGAGUUUUCUUUCCGUGUUUCUUAAGAACUCAUCGUUGGCACUUUUACAGUCAUUGAUUGCUCUUUUUAUUCCAUUAUUGCAAUCAAAAAGGAGACCAGACAGAAUCAAGAGCAUCGUGUCCUUAGGUUCGUAUGGGUCGAGUUCCGUGCAUCCGAGAGUAUCAUCCAUCAAAAGCGUAAGCGAGAAACAAGAGGAGACCGUGUAUGUCAGCCCAGGAUACAUCACUCUCUUAGCAAGGACAUUUUGUAAACACUUUGUGAUUUUUUGCGUGGAAGAUGCCCUUAAAGCCAAGGAGACUUAUGAGUUCUUGCUCCACAUGCUCCGUUUCUGCUUGAAUUCGGAAAUGUAUGAGCCGGUGAUAGUAUUGCUCAAAUGUUUUAUGAGGCUUCGUGCAACAUCGGAUCGGGUCUUGUAUUUCACUGAACCAGCUAAUAUGGGGGGCUUAGCGACCGCAUUGAAAAAAAAUAAAGAAGACGAGAGCUAUACUAACGAAGAAAACAAUUGGUGGGUAUAUCCUGAGGGUUGUGAUUUCCUUCCUAGGGAGUACUUUGGUAGGUAUAAUCAGAAUUUACAGGCAGCUCAACCAGGAUCUACAAGUCUUCAUAUUGGGCAACAUGACGUGGUUCAUUUAGACUUAUCGCCGUACUUUAGCACAGUUCUCACCAUCUUGGAGGAAUUUUAUCAUUGGGAGGUGUAUUCAUUUGUCUGGGCACACUUAUGUUCUCAAUUAGCGAACAGGAGUUUCUUUGCUGGUCAAAGAGAUUAUAUUAUGAGACUCCAUAAAGUUGUAUGCGACCAAUUGACUUUAAGAGUCCCGAAAAGCCUUGUGUUCCCUUUGAAGAAUUCCGAGUUUACUAAACAUGAUUUGCAAGUGGUGUGCAUCAGAACCAUGUCAUCUUUGAUAGGGUACCACACGGACUUUAGAAAAUCUGAAGAAGAUCAAAUAGUCAGCUCGCUUCUUUUCAGUUUAGAUUCGUGGCAGCAAACUGCAAUCCCUUGUUUCCAUUUGCUAAACGUGUGCUGUUAUGAAAUCCCUUUAUCAUUGAAGAAAUUCCUUACUGCCAUUUUGACUAGAUUGCAGAACGGAGUUACGAGUGCGUUUGCCAGUUCGCCAGCGCUUGAAUUCCUUAUGUCAUUGAUCCAUGUUCCGUCCAUGACUUCAAGCUUUACACUGGGUGAUUUCAAGCGCGUAUUUGCAAUAGCUUUCAAGUACAUCCAGUAUGCUCUUGAUGUUAAAUCACGGGGUGCAAAUUCACUCGAUGGUGAACAACCAUCCAUUUUACAGAGCCAUGGAGUGGAUGCAGAGGUCGAUAAGAAAGCGUCUACACAAGCUACUGAAAUCACGCCAAUACUCAACGAAUAUCUUCUAGUGGUCUCACAAUUGGUGGUUUGUCUUCUUUUUUUGAAGAUAAAAUUGUACGAUAGGCGCCAUUUUAGUGGUUUCAUUAUCAAAAACAUCAUCAUUUCAAGUGGGUGCAAAAACAUUAGAGAUUUGGAUGAGCGGUCGAUUGCGUUCUUGGACUUCAUAUCAAGGUUCACAUUUAGUGACAUACCACUUGAAAUUGUCACGAACAAUAAACGGACCAACUCGACAUCACUUGUGAGCAACAAAUGGAUUGUGGGACACUCCAUAAUCACUAUUGAAACAGAAAGUUCCAGCGGCAAUUGCGCCAUUACAUUGAGAAGGCCGACAGGCAUAUCUGUAUUUGACAUGAAAUUAGAUAAGUCCAUGUUGCCGGCGACGCUUCGUCAGGAAGAGAAGAAGCCCAUUGUAACGAACGGAUACUUUUUGUUACAAAUGUUCAAGCCUCUCGAUCCGUCGAACACUUCCAAACCUAUUGCAUUGCUUGAAGAUGCCGCCACCGAACGAGCAAUAAACACUUUGGACCGUCUUGCUGUUGUAUCUCAACAUAAGGUUGGAAUUAUGUAUAUCGGACCGGGUCAGAAGAGCGAAGAAGAAAUCUUGGGUAAUGCGGUUGGAUCUGCUGCGUUCAAUAUGUUUUUGGAUGGCAUCGGCCACUUGGUUAGAUUGAAAGACUGCCGGUCAGUUUAUAUUGGUGGUUUGGACUCGGAAAAUGGCACCGAUGGUGAUUAUGCCUACUUUUGGAGCGACCAUGUGGCGCAAUUGGUUUUCCACACAACCACAUUAAUGCCUACACUGGCUAGUGACAAGUAUUUUUCAUCCAAGAAAAGACAUAUUGGCAACAACCACGUGAACAUUUUCUUUGACGAGUCUGGGGUUCCGUUCAAUUUUAACGUGAUCAAGUCACAGUUUACUUUCAUGAACAUUGUCAUCUCGCCGCAUACUGUGGCCCAGAAUGGUGAUAGCGAGUGCGAUUUUUACAUUGUGAAAACCUAUCGGCGUAGUGGAGUGCCAGGUAUUUUCUCCACCACGCAUUUUAAACUCAUUUCGAGAGAACAACUCCCGCACUUUGUUCGGAACACAGUUCUCUUGGCCGAUCGACUUGCUCAAGUUUGGCAUUAUUCGGUAAGAGGAGAUUACACCACAAACUGGGCACUUCGUGUCCGGCACAUUGAUGUCCUCACGCAAAAGGCUCUAGACUCCCAUAGAGCCCUUAAAGAUGAACAGCUUCGCUCGGGAGACCAAUCUGGAGCGACGGAAAAUGGUACGGCGACCGGUGAGAAUGCCUAUGUUGAUAUGACGCAGUCCUUCUUAGAACAGCUCCAGCCGACGUCUGUUGCCAGCGUUUCAAGCAGCCAGAUUGCCUCCAAAUUCGAGUACGUUUCUGACAACGACAACGAGGCAUACUCGCUUCUAGAGUUCAACUCUUAUGUUUGA